UCAUCGCAGGACGGGAGAGCACGCGCAAAGAGCCGGUCGGAAAAUGGGCUCGCUGGUCGUGCGGCGUGGGGUCACACGAGGCUGGUGGCUGGCGCUGGGAGCUCGGGCGCGGCCCGAAGACGCAGGCUUCGGCAUAGAGGCUGCGUUCUCAGGAGGAAGCCGUGCGGGCAGGGCUACCUGGGGUCUACGGGUUCUAACCCCGGCCUUCCCUUGUGGCGCCGAGCCGUGGGUCCGCCGGCUGCAAAGCGGGCCCGUGGAGCCUCGGUCUCCGGAAAGCACAGCCCCUCCUGAAGGUGUGGGAGGCGGGCAGCGAGGCUUCCCCGACGCUGGUCCCUCGGUUUCUGGGCGUCAGCCCCAACCUGGAGGCGGCCGGAAGGAGCUCGCGCACGUGCUGCGCGCCGCCGUGGUGGAGCGGAGAGGACCUCUCGUGACGCUGAACAAGCCACAGGGUCUGCCAGUGACAGGAAAACCAGGAGAGGUGACAUUGCUCUCUGUGUUGCCAGAGCUGAGCCAGUCCCUGGGGCUCAGGCAGCAGGAGCUUCAGGUUGUUCGAGCACCUGGGAAGGAGAGUUCUGGACUUGUGCUCCUCUCCAGUUGUCCUCAGACAGCAAGCCGCCUCCAGAAAUUCUUCAUCCACUCUCGGAGAGCCCAUAGACCCACGGCCACCUAUUGGGCCGUUACCAAUGGGAUCCCACCUGCUUCUGAGGGGCAGAUCUGUGCAGCGCUGACGCUGCAGCACAUCAGUGGUGUCAAUGUUGUGGUCCCUGUGAAGUCCCCAUCCCGAAGGGACAUCCUGGAGGGUGUCAAGAGGACCCUUAGCCACUUCCGUGUGAUGGCCACUGGCUCUGAGUGUGCCCUGAUCCAGCUACAGCCCCUCACAGCAUUCUCCAGUCAGCUGCAGGUGCACAUGAUGCUACAGCUCUGCCCCGUGCUUGGGGACCACACCUAUUCUGCUUGUGUGGGCAGUGUCCUGGGCCAGCGCUUUCUGUUGCCCGCCGAGAGCACCAAGCCUCAAAGACAGGCCCUGGAUGACCCCCUCCUCAGACGCCUCCGCCUGACCCCCGCCCAGGCUGCACAGCUCCCCUUGCACCUGCACUUGCACUGUCUGCUCCUUCCAGGCAGCAGGCCCACCGAUGCACCCAUUGAGUUGCAGGCACCCCUACCCCAGUAUUUCUCCAGGACCCUGCAGUGCCUGGGUCUCUGCCAGGAAUAGUCUCCCUCAGCUGCUGUAAGGCCAUGGCUUAUAGCCCGGCUCUGUGUCUAGGCAAACCUGAGAGCAGAUCUUGGGACAUCAGGCAGGGGACUGCUCUCUGGACUUGAAAUAAUAAAAAUUCUUACCUCGUUG